CAGCUGACACGGUCACAAGAAGCAGCUAUCCUCCAUAAAAGCCACCCACGCUCCCCUUUCACCAAAUUUGCAAGAAACCAGCCACCACCGUUGCAAGAACCUAGAAAUUCAAUCAAUCUUUCGCCAUUUCAUCAUCAGGCGAUCGAAAUGGAGCUCCCAAUGGAGCUUUAAUCAGAGCCAUCAGGCCUCCAAAAUAGGGUUCAAAUAGCGGGGGAGCAAGGAGCCCUGCCAUUUUUAGCCGUUGCUGCAGCUGGUCGUCGCUGUUGCUGGGCUCCGAAUCUGCGGCCGUCGGUGUUGCCGUCGCAUCUCGGGUUCUUGCAGCUGCAGGUUCACCGACCGUUUAUCCACAGGAGCAGCACCUGCCGAUCUGCUCCCCUCCUUGGUUCUUGGGUAAGAAAUCAUCUUAUCAUCUUAGUGAGAAAGAUCCGUGAGGGUUCUUGCUGUGGACAGGGUUCACGGAUCGAUUUGGAAGGAACCCAAGAACGCAACAUCGAGGAAGAGAGGAGAGAUUUGGGAGUAGAUUGUUAGAUAUAGUAACAACUAGAUUCUUUUUAGGAAAAUAUUAGCAGAUAGGUUUGGUGGAGAUUGGAGAAGAAUAUGUUUGGGACGCAGACUAUGGAUGUGGCAGAUGAUUUCAACCCCAGGAGGAAGAGGACAUUGUGGAACACCCCCGCCGCAUCGAUGCCCACCACCACCCACACCAUCAAGCACAACACAGCCAAGGGCCUGUUCAACGCGCACCUCUUGUCGGUAAAGUUCGAGGACUUGUACGGGUUCAUGGUGGAGGGCAAUGUGGACGAUGCUAAUGUGCUGAACGAGGUGAGGGAGAGGAUCAGGGAGCAAGGGAGGGUGUGGUGGGCGCUGGAGGCGAGCAAGGGCGCAAAUUGGUACCUCCAACCGAGGAUAUCCUCCAAUGAGGGGGUCAUUAGCGUCACAUCGCUCAAGCUAUCGGUGCUCACGAAUACGAUUACGCUGAGGAGGUUGAUCAGGAAAGGCGUGCCGCCGGUGCUGAGGCCAAAGGUGUGGUUGUCAGUGUCGGGGGCAGCCAAGAAGCAGUCAACAGUGCCGGAGACGUACUACGAUGAGCUGAUCCGGGCCACAGAAGGGAAGAUCACACCAGCCACAAGGCAAAUCGACCAUGAUCUUCCUCGUACUUUCCCUUGCCAUCCUUGGUUGGACAGUGAGGAAGGCCAGGCAUCUCUUCGACGAGUACUUGUGGGGUACUCAUUCCGUGAUUCAGAAGUUGGAUAUUGCCAGGGUCUAAACUAUGUAGCUGCACUCUUGUUGCUCGUUAUGAAGACAGAGGAAGAUGCAUUUUGGAUGCUUGCUGUACUCCUGGAAAAUGUACUUGUCAGUGAUUGCUAUACUGACAAUCUUUCUGGAUGCCAUGUUGAGCAGAGAGUGUUCAAAGAUCUCCUAGCUAAGAAAUGCCCAAGGAUUGCUGCUCAUCUUGAAGCAAUGGGGUUUGAUGUUUCACUUGUUGCUACAGAAUGGUUCUUGUGCCUCUUCUCAAAGAGCUUGCCUUCAGAGACAACCCUUCGCGUGUGGGAUGUUUUAUUCAAUGAAGGAGCAAAGGUUUUGUUCCAUGUUGCUCUGGCAAUUUUCAAGAUGCGAGAAGAUGAUCUACUACGCAUCCAACAUAUUGGUGAUGUGAUUGAUAUUUUGCAAACAACCACUCAUCAUCUAUAUGACCCUGAUGAACUUCUCACGUUUGCAUUUGAUAAGAUUGGUUCGAUGACGACAAACACAAUCACGAAGGAAAGGAAAAAGCAGGAGACAGUUGUCAUGGCUGAGCUUGAUCAAAGAAUCAGACGGCUUAGUUCACUCAAGAUGGAUGGAUAGUGUGUAAAAUAUGAGAUGGGAAGUUGUAGUCUCGUAGGUUUGAGAAGGCGAAUGAUACAGUGAGUCGGCAUUUGACACCUGAUCAGUCAGCGCUUCAAUGAGCAAAAUCAUGGAUUACCAAAACUGUGGGAAGAUGCAAAACUGCAAUAUUGUGUGUUUUUGUGCGUUCUUCUAUCUUCAAUUCAUAUUAGCAAGAAACGGGCCAUGGUGCCGUGGGUGCGGUUGAAACUUGUAGAGUUUUGACGCUGAAGUUGUUUUGGCAAUGAGCCCAACAAGGGGUGUUUUUCAAGGGUGCUUACUGCAUUUCCUUUACUUGUAAAUUUCUACAGAUAUGAAAUGGAGCUCUUGAAGUCUUCUUUUAGA